GGAUAUACGCGUGUGCGCCACAUCGAGCCGCGGAAAGCAACGAAGUGCGGUAAAGCAGUACUAAUCAACAUACACACACAAAUACAACACAAAAAACGCAAACGAAAUGCUGCGCAUAAUUUAAGCCACAACAACAAAAUCAAAAAGAGCUAAAAUACCACUAUCAACAACAACAACUACUACACCAACUACCAACAGCAAUCCCGCAAGUAUCCACAAGCAACAACAACUAUCACGCGACUUCAUCAGCAAUUUCGCAUUAAUUUUAUUUGCGCCCUGCAUACUUUUUGCUUUUGCGCGUUCCCAUAAAAAUUUACAUAGAAACCAACACCAGCCAAACAAUCAACCAACAAACAAACCGAAACAACAGCAACAAAACGGCAGCCAAAUCAAAUAGCAGCGCAACUAACCUAACGCAGCGGCUACAGCAACAAGAAGAGGAACAACAACAAGAACAACAACUACAGGGAAGUUGUCUGCUGAAAAGGCGUAACAGCCAACUGCCAACUGCUGACCCCGCCAGCAUACGACUUUAGAUGUGCGCGCUGUGUCACACGUUAAAUUAUAUACAUAGCCUUCAACUAUUGCCGCUGUCUGAGCAUAUUGCUGCAACUUUUUAUACAACAACAACAACAACAAGAGCAACUGAAGCCGCAACAACAAAAUUAACGUCAGUGAUAUGGAACUGUGCAUAGCAACAGCAACAAAAACAAAAACAAAGCCAAAAGCUCAAAGUUCAAUGCAUCAAAGCAACUAUCAAAAAUGCCACCAAAAUCAAACGAAUACUCAAAUAAAUACCAACAACAACAACAACAAAAACAACAGAAGCAAUUGCUAUCACAACAGAGACCACCUGAAAAAGCAACAUGAAAACCAACGAAACGCAACAGAAGCAACAGCAACAGCAACAAAAGUUUUAUCAACAAAAAACAGUAGUAACAGCAACUUCAAAAACAACAAUCCAAACCACAAUUGUUGUUCCCAACUGCACAUUCUCCACUUGCUGUUGUUGUUGUUAUUGCUGGGGCCCCAUCCCGCCCUCAGCUCGCCCUUUGAGCACGCCAGCAGCAGCAGCAGUCGCAGCGCCUUGUUGGCCUACUACAAGCGGGCGCAGCUGCGACAGAAUGCCAAUGCGAAUGCAUACGAAGCGUCGCUGCUGCAGCAGCAGCCUCCUAGUCUGAAUAGUUACAGCAAUAGAAAUAGCAACAGCAACAGCAACAACAACAACAACUAUCAGCUGCGGAAUGCAGCCUCCUUUGAUUUUGAAGAUCUAUCGCCCACGGCUAGUGUAGUGUCCGCAUUGAGCAGCGUUGAACGUCUGCGCAAGCGCAGUGCCACAAGCACAACAACAACGACAGAAGCACCACCAACAACAAGAACUGCAUCGAUUAGUCCCACGGCCAGUCCAAAAGCAGAGGAGAAAUGUGAACCCAAAGUGCUGGAGGAGGUACCGUCUGAGCCGUUCUACGAUUUCACCGACAUUGCCGAGGAUGCCGCACGGCAGUUUAUCGAGUUUCUAUCCAACAAGUUUCCCAGCAAUGCACCCAUCACUAUUGACGAUCAGACGCGCGCCGAAGUCAGUCGUCGGGCUAAUGGCAUCGCCAGCUACGCUCUCAACGAGGAGGACACCCUUCUGGCAUUUGCAAUAGCGGCGCCCGGCAUACAUACGGUUGUGGUUAAGUUUAGAGACAAUGUAACGAUACCACCGGAUCAGGUGCAUAAUAAAGCGUAUUUGGGAUCCUAUUGGCGUGAGUUGGGCGCGGCUUGGAACAGCAGCGAUGGCACGCAGGAGUGGGGCGUGCCCUUUCGGGACUGCAACCUGUUGACGGGCCGUUGGCUCUGGCCCUUCCGCAUAUCAUUCACGGAGCAUAGAAUCAAAAUCGUUGCAGCUGCCUUUAUAGCCGCCGAUGAGGAUGUUUGCAAUGAUGCCCUAGAGGAAGUGUUCGGCCGUCGCCAUGGCUGUGAUCGCAACACAACCUUCUGUCUGCUCACGGAGAACAAGCCCGCGGUCACUCGCGAUGUGUACACUUGUCUGUGUCGGGAGUCCUACUACUUGCCCAAUAGCACGCUGCAGGGCUUUCGUGGUGAUCUGGUCGAGUUAUCCGAGGGCUUUGACAAUUACUCGUGCAUACCCUGUCCGGGAAGUUGUAGCAGUUGCGAUCAGCACGGCGUCUGUCUGUUUCAGGAGGAGGAGGUCUUCAACAUGGAUGCCUGUUUGCGUCUUCUGGUGGCCAUUGUGCUGGGCGCGUGUAUUCUAUGCUGCAUUGUGCUCGGUGUUAUUGUCUUUCGACAGCGAAAGUGCAAGGCUAUUGCCUCGGGAAUGUGGACCGUAUUGGAGACCAUAUUACUGGGCAUUGUUUUACUUUAUUCAUCGGUUGCCGUCCAUUUCUUUCCCGCCUCCACCGAACGUUGCCUGCUCGAGCCCUGGCUGCGCGAGCUCGGCUUCAUCACAUGCUACGGCGCCAUUAUACUGAAGCUCUACCGCCACUUGGUGGACUUCCGGACGCGCAAGGCACAUCGCUGGGUGCUGCGCGAUGUAGACCUACUUAAGUAUCUGGGCACCAUGGUCUUUGCGGUGCUUUGCUACAUGUCUGCCUUUACGGCCUCGUCGCUGGACCUGCUGAAGGGCGCCAAUCUGGAUAGUCUGCGCGAUGCGCACACAAACACCUGCUAUCCAAUGAACUGGGAAUUGGUUACGCAGGCCAGCGAGGUGUCUAUACUGUGCUUUGGACUGCAUCUCUCCUUUGCCAGUCGUAAUGCCAACACACAGUUUAGGGAACGUCAGUUUCUAGUCACUGCCCUAACUCUUGAGUUUCUCGUUUCCACAAGCUUCUAUUUGAUGCGCUUCUUCUACUUGCCGGAAAUGAGUCCUAGCGCUAUCCUGCUGGCGCUAUUCGUGCGGUCGCAACUGACGAAUACCUUCGCAUUGGGUUUGAUAUUUGUGCCAAAAUUAUGGUAUCAGCACAAGCAGGUUCGUUCGCUUGCCUAUGAUCUAUCAAUACGUUUACCUGUGGAUGCUUUCAAGGGUACGUCACACGAUGCUGGUCAGCGUUUGGGUGGCGGCUAUGCUGGUCUCUGCUUGGGUGAUCCCGACAUUGGGGAACUAACCAUAUCGGAAAUGAGUCCCGAGGACAUCCGUGCUGAAUUGAAAAGACUGUACACACAACUUGAGAUUCUGAAGAACAAAACGCUGAGACAGGACAAUCCACACAUUAGCAAAAGACGUGGUGGACGUAAGGCGGGUCAUCGUCGUUUCUCAUUGCAAAAAAAGGGCAGCAAAGAUAAGGCUCUAAGUGCCAAACAUCGCAGCAAUAAACAUCAUCAGGAUAUUGAGAUAACCGAGGCGGAGCCAUCGCGCACACCCGAGGACUCGGUAUGCAGCGCCGAGGGUCCCACAGAUACCUAUGCAGAAAUCUCGGGCAUAUCGCAUUCAAUGCUAUCCCAUUCCAUGGUCUCACACUCUGUUGUCUCGCAUUCGAAGUAGAGGACAGAAGCCGAAGCAUACUUUUAAACAACAACAACAACAAAAAUAAAUAACAAAACAAAAAACGCAGUGUUCCAGCAAGUAAUUAAAAACAAACAACCAAAUAUAUAUUGUAUAUAUCUAUAUUAUAAAAAAUAUAUGUUUAUGUAUAGGUAUAUAUAGUAUCUUUAUAGAUAUGUCUAUCUGUGGAUAAUGUGCAGCAUAUAAGCGCAACACAAAACAAAACAAAAAACACAUACAAUAAAAAAUUACUUUAAUUUUCAAAAUGCUAUGAUGAUAUACUCGUAUGAAUGAAUGAAAAGCUAGGUAAAGAAUACAAAAUACAAACAAUAACAUAAAUUACUUUAUUUUAACAAACAAAAAAAUAUAUAUAUCGAUGAAAACAUAAAUGAAGAUGAAGUAGCUAAACGGAUAAACAACAAAGCACGUGCAUGGCCGCAAGAUUUUGUACAAUUUUUAUAAAUUUUUAGAGCUGUUUUUUGUGUGGUCUACAUUUAUAAUUUUCGAAAUAGAGCAAAGCCAGCGAGCUAGCGCAAAGAGCCCACCUUUGUAGGUAACGUGAAACUGUAAAAAAGUUAAAAAGAAAAAACCAAACAAAAAUUGUAUAAAAAAAGAGGAGAACAAAAACUCAAAAUGAAGCUAUUUAUGCCAAAUGAAGCCGCAAAUUUACACUUAAAGACGUUUGAUUUGUUUAAUUUAAAGUCAGUCCUAAAUCAUUUUAUGCCAACUAAGUUCCUUUGUGUCAGUUACAAUUACAAAAUAGUUACUAAUACUAGUUUGCCUUUGAUUUAUAGCCAUAACUAACAGAGCUCCCACUGCCUGGGGUUGGGGUUAAGGUUAGGGUAAGGCAGGCAGGCAGGCAGGCAGAAAGAAUCACUUACAAGUAGAACCGAAAAUAAUCAGUUGUAAAUUUGAGCUUAUAGGCAUUAAACAUUUACCAAUUCCCAUAUACUAUAUACAUACAUACCUACUCGUACAUACAUACAUACGCGUACUUACAUACAAUUAUACUCGUAUACUUACCAUUUUAUGCUUAGGCACUACAUCAGCACUCGAUACCCUCGAAAAUAUCGGCUGAAGUGAAUUUUGUAUAUAGUAUUUAUGAAGAACAACAACAACUACAUUACACUUGUUAACUUUAUAGGCGCAGAUCGGAUCGAUGGUGGGACAAACUGUUGUUGCAUAUUGUAUUAAGUAAUGCGGAUUGUUACAAUAAGUUGUGCAGGAAACUGAGAGGCGAAUGUUCGAGCAAGGACGAGGGCGCGAAGCAUGUUUGUAGUUGUUUAAGUCAAAUUUUAUAGUAGCUGAGAAGAAAAAACAAUGUCCAAAUGGUUUUCGAUCUUACAGAUGACAUGAUUUGAUGAGGCACCCAAUACGCUCGUACUUACAGAAAUGCAUUCAAGUUCGAGCGCGUGUUUAAUUGUUUUUUGCAUUGUGUAGGUUAUUAUGAAAAUUAUAGUAACAAAAAAAAAAAGAAAAAAAAAACAAAUGCAAAUACUUAUAAAUAAUUAAGAAAUACAUUUCAAAUGUGUUUGCUAUACUUUAUAAGUUUGUAUAGAGCGUCACUGAAAAAAAGGGCGCAACUGAAAGCGUGAAAUUCUGAAAAAGUCCAAAUCUGUGUGUGGGAGGACAUCGAUGUCAGGCGGAAACAGAAGCCAUUCACACACACACACACACACACUCACACAUACCAUACAUACUAACAGUACAUACAAGCAUAGGCAUUUAUGUAUUAUAUAUACUACAUAUACAGUUAUAUGAAGCAUAUGUGUAUAUUUAAAGAAGUGGUCAAAUAAUUAAAUAAAACAACAUACAGCAAGCAGUGGCGUGCGAGGUGGAAAGGAGAUGAGCAUUUAAAUGAAACAUAUUUUUGAUUGCGUUUGAUCAAAAGUGUGUGUUAAAAGGAUUUAUAAUAUUAACGAGCAACAAAUUAGUAUACAUACGAUACAUAAAUACAAAAUUAUACUUAUAUUAAAUAUA